AUGUCCUCGUCAAGGCAAGAACCAACGUAUCUCAAAAAGGAGUUGUUUAAAGCUACAUUGAGCUCCAAGGGGAUUUAUAUUACCAAUCAGCACUCGCAGUCUUGUCAAGAUGCCGAUGGCGAUGCUGACGAUAAUGACAAUGGUUCAGAUUCUUUUUUGCUUUUCCAUGACGAUGAGGCUUCCUUGCGAUCUUGCUUUGCCUGUGGCUACAACAACAGCUCUGUAAGUUCAAGUUCAGCUUCCACGUCAACCAAGCAGCCAAAAUAUGUCCCCUUUAAAAACAUCAUUUAUGCCGAAGCAAGACCUGCUUCUUCGUCGUCAACAAAGAGACUGAAUCAAGUGACUGUGACUUAUGUUAUACCGGACCACGCAGACAUCACCACUAAAGCAACAAAAUUGUCCAUCAACAAAAUCAAUGUUGAAAUUGAAGAUUUGCAACAGGCAUCAGUGGCCAACUACAUCAUGCAAAAGGCAUAUCUGUCGAAAACAAUGCAGCAGUGCUCAAUUCUUGUACUUAUCAACCCUCAUGGAGGCCAAGGCAAGGCGGUGCAAAUCUACAAUAACCACAUUAAACCCAUUCUACAAGCAGCUCAUUGCAAAAUCACCUUGCAAGAAACGGAGUAUUCGGGUCACGCUACUGAUAUAGCUAGAGAGUUGGACAUUGACCAGUAUGACGUUAUUGCAUGCUGUUCAGGCGACGGUAUACCGCAUGAGGUCAUCAAUGGAUUUUAUCAACGUUCGCGGGAUUUGGGGGUUGCGGCAUUCAACAAGUUGAUCAUUACUCAAUUACCCUGUGGAUCAGGUAAUGCAUUCAGUUUGAGCACAUUGGGCGGUUCCAAGUACCCUGAGAUUGCCACUUGGCUAAUGCUAAAAUCCAAGCCUACUAAAAUCGACUUGAUGGCAAUCACCCAGGGUACAGGAGAACGGAUGAAUACAAAAUUGUCGUUUUUGAGUCAAUGCUAUGGAAUCAUUGCUGAUUCAGACAUUGGCACCGAGCAUUUGAGAUGGCUCGGCUCGAUUCGAUUCGACAUUGGUGUGAUUCAACGAGUAUUUUCCAAUGCCAAGUACCCCUGCGACUUGUACGUUGAAUUCUGGAGCCAGAACAAAACUGAAAUUGCUCAGCAUGUGGAGCAACAUUUGUCGCUGUCGGAUGAAAGCAGCAAGACAUUAACCGAUGACGAAGAAGACGACAACGAGCAAGUAUCAGUCGCGACGAGCGACUUGGGCUUACAUUUAGUCACCACGAAAGAUUUAACCACCGGCAAGGCCAACUUGGAUGAACCAGUGCCACAAACAUGGCAGGCACUCCCGGAAGAAAUCUGUAAAAACUUGAACAUACUAUAUGUGGGCAAGAUGCCAUACGUAUCAUCCGAUGCGCAAUUUUUCCCCGCGGCGUUGCCGAAUGACGGAUACAUGGAUAUGAUAAUCACUGACGCGCACCACACUUCGGUGUUGAGCUUGACUUCGAUCUUGCUCAAUGUGGAAAAGGGCAAACACAUCGAUGAUGACGCGGUGUUGCAUGCCAAAAUCAAGGCGUAUCGAUUGGUGCCUCGAAUGACGGAUACCAAGGACCAUUACAUCUCGGUUGAUGGUGAGAGUUUUCCCUUUGAAAGUUUUCAGGUUGAGAUACUACCUAACGUCAUGACGGGACUACUUCAAGAUGGGAAGUUUACGGAAACUGUUUUAACCAGGUAUAGUUCCACAUAG